CUUAGCCUGGCAGGCUCACUCGUUUGCGCCACACCAAUUGUGCGAGACUCAGGUUUCUCUUCCGCCUGCAGCAAUAUCACCAUGAAUAGCGCAUUUUGGCUCAUUGCGACAUGCCCAGACGACUCUGGCGCUGCCGUUACGAGUAGUGUUUAUUUGCCAGGCUGGAUUGAAAACCAAGAGGGUAAUCUCACUUGGAAGGACGGGGGAAAUUUUGAGGAAACAUGCCAGAACUGUGCUUUGAUCAAUGGUGGUAGCUUGAAGUGCUUUUGUGACGGCACCUAUGCUAAUGAAAAUGGCAACUCAACUCUCAGCCUAGAGGACCACAUCGCUAACUAUAAUGGCCAUCUCCUCUCUAACUUGGACGGCGCCCCAACUAUACCUACCAAUUCCUCUUCUGUUGCUGUUCCAUCGGAUGCAACUCUUACAAUGUCUCUGUCAAUAAGCUCAAACACUUGCGCAAGUGAUUUCACCUGGCAAUUCUUCGGGCCUGAGCCCUGUUGGGCCUUCACUUUUGUCAACGGUCGGCCAUCGACACUUGAAUCCAUCCAGAUAACUACAAACCCUGGCUGGUCGAUUCAGUCAUACAAUAACUCCGAUUGCUCAGGGGCCCCAUUAGUGAGCCUUAAUCAAAAGGAUGUAAACACAUGUGUGGAUUUAGGGGGUGCAGAAUACUUGAAGGCUGUUCCGUUGUGGAAUUGGGACUAGAAACAAACAAACAACAGACCAAUCGAUUGGAACGACAUUUGAUAUACUGGCUUCGAUAUAUGUUGAAAAUCUCCUUCAGGAAGAUCGCACUAUACAAAUUUCAAACAUUUUGGCAUGUUAAAGUGUUCCAGCUUCUCGGCAUUUUCUCAGACCCACCCACUUGAAAAAUGGAAACGGGGAGGGGAGGUGGAGAGAGGUUUAAAGUGUUCAGAUAGUGUGUGGUUGAUAUGAAGGGAGUCGCAAAGCGGAAUUUACCAUCUAAGGCCCCC